UCGCCGGGUCUCAGCCAGUGAUUUCACGCCGUCACCCGGCGAUCUUUGUGUAUUACUGAUGGGGGAGAGACCUGUGUCUCCUGCACACUGCUUCGAUACAAAGCAGUGUGCUUACAGUGUACAGCACACACACAGCACACAGUAAAACAGCACACAGUUAACCCUUUGAUCGUCCCACAUGUUAACGCCUUCCUGCCCAGUGUCAUUAGUACAGUGUCAGUGCUUUUUAUUAGCACUAAUCACUGUAUUGGUGUCACUGGGGAUGUCAAUGACAGUUAGUAAUUUCCCCCAGUGUCAGAAUUCCCACCGCAGUCCCGCUAUA